AGCUUUCUUCUUUUACUUCUUUUUUCAAGUGAACUCUUCUCUUCUGUGUUUCUUUUGAACUUGACUCAGCGGGAAGGAGCGGUGUUCUCCCAGACCAGCUGCUCUGGAGCAGUUGGCAAAGCUGUCCAGAAAGAUGAAACAACUCUCGUGCUUUCUUGCCUGGCUAUUUCUUCUGGAAGCAUCAGCCUUCGAAAUCCCCACAAGCGGACUUUCCGAAUUUGCAGCAUAUGGAAAUCUUGUGGAAUUGGCCCCAGGCAAAUUUCAGUUUAUCCCUGACAACCAGCGGUACCAGAGAAGCCUUCCUGAAGAUGAAUCGGGCAAAAGCAUGGAGGAUGUUGAUCAAGUAACUCUGUAUAGCUAUAAAGUUCAGUCCACAAUUACUUCUCGUGUAGCCAAUACCAUCAUCCAGAGCAAGCUGGUGAACAACUCCCCACAGCCUCAAGAUGUCAUAUUUGAUGUCCAAAUUCCCAAAGGAGCCUUCAUCUCCAAUUUCUCCAUGACUGUAGAUGACACAACAUUUACAAGCACCAUUAAGGACAAAAGAGUAGCCCAAGCUCUCUACUCACAGGCGAGAGCAAAAGACAAGACAGCUGGAUUGGUGAGGAGCAGAGCCCUUGACAUGGAGAACUUCCAAAUGGAGGUAAACAUCCGUCCUGGAGCAAAGGUGCAGUUCGAGCUCCAUUACGAGGAAGUAAAAUGGAGGAAGCUCGGAUCCUAUGAGCACAGGCUUCACCUGCAGCCGGGACGGCUGGCCAAACACUUGGAGGUGGACGUGUGGAUAGUUGAACCUCAGGGAAUGAGAUUCCUUCAUGUCCUGGACACAUUUGAAGGCCAUUUUGAUGGAGUUCCUGUGAUAUCUAAAGGACCCCAGAAGGCACAUGUGUCCUUCCGGCCCACAGUAGCACAGCAAAGAAAAUGUUCCAACUGCUCUGAGACUGCAGUGGACGGAGAACUGGUGGUGGUGUACGACGUGAACAGAGAAGCGAAAGCUGGUGAGCUUGAGGUGUUCAAUGGAUAUUUUGUCCACUUCUUUGCUCCUGAGAACCUGGACCCCAUUCCUAAAAAUAUCCUUUUCGUCAUUGACGUUAGUGGCUCCAUGUGGGGAAUUAAAAUGAAACAAACUGUGGAAGCAAUGAAGACCAUAUUGGAUGACCUAAGAUCGGAAGACCAAUUCUCUGUGGUUGAUUUCAACCACAAUGUUCGAACUUGGAGAAAUGAUUUAGUUUCUGCUACUAAAACACAAAUUUCAGAUGCCAAGAGAUACAUUGAGAAGAUCCAGCCUAGUGGAGGCACAAAUAUCAACGAAGCACUCCUGCGGGCCAUCUUUAUUUUGAAUGAAGCCAAUAACUUAGGAUUGUUAGACCCCAACUCAGUCUCUCUGAUCAUUCUGGUUUCAGAUGGAGAUCCAACUGUAGGUGAAUUAAAAUUAUCAAAAAUUCAGAAAAAUGUGAAGCAGAAUAUGCAAGAUAACAUCUCCUUGUUCAGUUUGGGGAUUGGAUUUGAUGUUGACUAUGAUUUUCUGAAGAGACUAUCUAACGAUAACCAUGGAAUUGCUCAGAGAAUUUAUGGAAACCAGGAUACGUCCUCUCAGCUCAAGAAAUUCUACAACCAAGUAUCUACUCCCCUGCUCCGAAAUGUUCAGUUCAGCUAUCCGCACCCCUCAGUAACAGAUGUCACUCAAAACAGUUUCUCCAACUAUUUUGGAGGCUCAGAGAUUGUGGUGGCAGGAAAAUUUGACGUCGAUAAACUACAGCAAAUACAGAGCUUUAUCACUGCGACUUCGGCUAAUACAGAUUUGGUCUUGGAAACCCUGGCCCAGAUGGAUGACUUGGAGGACUUUCUAUCAAAAGACAAGCACGCAGAUCCCAACUUCACCAGGAAACUGUGGGCCUAUCUAACAAUCAACCAACUGCUGGCAGAGCGAAGUCUGGCCCCCACGGCUGACACCAAGAGGAAGAUUUCGAAAACAAUCCUGCAGAUGUCCCUCGAACACCACAUUGUGACGCCUUUCACCUCGAUGCUCAUUGAGAGUGCCGAUGGGGACGAGCGCAUGCUGGCCGAUGCUGCUCCACAGGAUGUCUCCCUCUCGUGCUGCUCAGGUGCUCUCUACUACGGCAACAAAGUUGCCCCCGGCUCCAUCCCAUCGUGGGCCAAAUCUGCCCUGCCAUCACCACCACCGACUGCACUUUCUCUGGUCGCAGGGCCACCCAUGGAGGCCACACCCCCUUCCCACGUGAUACGAGUUGAAAAUGACCCACAUUUCAUUAUCUACCUACCAAAAAGCCAGAGGAAUGUUUGCUUCAAUAUUGACUCAGAACCAGGAAAAAUCCUCAGCCUGGUUUCGGAUCCUGAAUCAGGAAUUUUAGUCAAUGGUCAGCUUAUUGGUGCCAAGAAGCCCCAAGAUGGAAAACUAAGCACUUAUUUUGGAAAACUGGGAUUUUAUUUCCAAAGUGAAGACAUGAAAGUAGAAGUGAGCACUGAAAACAUCACCCUACAGCACGGUUCUCAUGCAUCCGUCCUGUCCUGGUCUGAUACGGCCCGCCUGCUGAACUCGAGGGUGCUUGUGUCCGUGAAGAAAGAAAAAGCUGUGACUCUCACCCUGGAUAAAGAAAUCUCCUUUUCUGUUCUGCUGCAUCGUGUUUGGAAGAAGCACCCAGUCAAUGUAGACUUUCUGGGGAUCUACGUCCCCACCACAAACAAGCUCUCGCCUAAGGCACAUGGACUCAUAGGACAGUUCAUGCACGAGCCAAAGAUAUACAUCUCCAAUGAGAGACCAGGAAAAGACCCCCAGAAGCCAGAGGCAAUCAUGGAGGUAAAAGGACAGAAGCUGAUUGUCACCAGAGGCUUGCAGAAAGACUACAGAACAGACAUUGUGUUUGGGACAGAGGUUCCCUGUUGGUUUGUGCACAACAGUGGGAAAGGUUUCAUCGAUGGAUAUUACAAAGAUUACCUUGUGCCUCAGCUCUACAGCUUCCUGAAACAACCCUAAAGGAUUAUAGUUUGGAAAUCCUCUGUACAAAUACUUUUUUCCUCUGUCACUUUUGUAGUUCUUCCUCAGUAUGAAUAAUUUUUUAAAAACCCAACCAAUGGUAAUUGAGUCUGUUAACAUAUCUGAAGAAAA